AUGAUCAUCAUUGAAAACGAGGAACACUUUAAUCAAAUUUUCGACGCCAAAAAGAACGAAAAAUUGAUUUUGGCCUAUUUCACAGCAAAAUGGUGGGUUUUGGGGCGAAAUUUGAAUUUUUGGCGGGAAAAUUUGAAUUUUUAAAGGUGCGGACCAUGUCAACGUAUUGCUCCAAUAGUCACAGAAUUUUCCGAACAAUUUGCGGAAAAAUUCGAAUUUUUGAAAAUUGAUUUGGACGAAAAUGAGGGUGGGUUUUGGCGCGAAAAUUUUGAUCUACCUACAGUAAUCCAAUUAUUUUCCAGAAAUUUCUGAUCGCUUCAACGUGGAUUGUAUCCCAACAUUUUUGGUCUUCAAAAAAUGGGUAACUUUGAAUUUUUUCGAAAUUUUCAAAUUUCGCGCCACCUUUUUUGCAGGGAAGUUGUCGAAACUCUGA